GUUUUAAGUAAAACACCCCGUAGUUGGCCGCUCGAACAGAGAGAGAGAGAUGGGAGAGCGAGGGAAAUAUGUGGUGUUGCUUGGGGCCGGAGCUCUAAUUGGUUCUGCCGCUACCCUUGCUCUCGUCAAACUUCUCCCCAGACGGAUUGGAGGGGAGGGUGCUAAUGUGGACUCCAUUGAAUCCAAAGAAUGUAAGUUCGUGGAAAGUGUGAAUCAUGGUGUGGAUGGCACUGAUCUGCUGAUGGAUGAUAUUGUGUCUGAACAACUUACAAGGAAUAUUCAGUUCUUUGGCUUGGAACACCAGAAAAAUGUAGUAUCUUCUUUUGUUGUUGUCAUUGGUCUUGGAGGAGUCGGGAGUCAUGCUGCAUCUAUGCUUUUGAGGUCUGGUGUUGGCAAGCUUCUUCUUGUUGAUUUUGACCAGGUCUCAGUUUCAUCGUUGAAUAGACAUGCAGUUGCGACUAGGGAGGAUGUUGGUACCCCGAAAGCCAUAUGUCUGAAGAAGCAUUUCUCAGCAAUAUUCCCAGAGUGUCAUGUAGAUGCAAAAGUGAUGCUAUAUGAUUCAUCAUCUGAAGAUGAAAUUCUUUCCGGGAACCCUGAUUUUGUUUUAGAUUGCAUUGAUAACAUUGACACAAAGGUGGCUCUUCUUGCUGCAUGUGUUCGGCGUGGAUUGAAAGUUCUAUCUGCUACUGGAGCUGGGGCAAGAGCUGAUCCAACAAGAAUACGUGUGGCUGACUUGAGAGAAUCAUCCAAUGAUCCAUUAUCUCGUGCAGUUAGGUACCGCUUAAGGAAGGAACAUGGUAUUGAAGGUGGUAUUCCUGUAGUGUUUUCACUGGAGAAACCCAAGGCAAAACUGCUUCCUUUCAAAGCACCAAAUGGGGAAGAAGAAAAUCCUUCAGAUUAUCAAAUUGUUCCAGGUUUUCGAGUUCGCAUCAUUCCUGUCCUGGGAACGAUUCCAGCAAUUUUCGGACAAGUCAUGGCUUCAUAUGUUGUAACACAAUUAGCAGAAUUGCAAGUUCAUGUGGAGCCAGUUGUUAAUUUUGAUACAGAUCAUUACCGAGUCCUCCAUCAGCGUCUGAUUGAGCAUGAAGAGCUACAAUUCGGUACAGCAAAGCAAGUUCAGGUGGAUGUUGAGGAGGUUAUGUAUAUAGUUAAAGAGUUGUGGCAUGGCCGAAGUGCUAGAGAUGAAUCACCUAAAGAUGUUGGACGUGGAAUGUGGCGUUCAGUCAAUGAUUUAAUGCUUAUCAGAUGGGAUCGCACGAAACCAGCUUCAGUCUCAAAUCUAGUUCUCCUAAAAUUCAAAGAGGCUGAUGAACACGAGGUGAGGUCAUUGGAAGAUAUAAAAGAACAAGAACCAGAGUUUUUUGCUAGAGUGACAUCGGUGCUGAAGCGAGCCGAGCUUGAUUUCGGGUUAUGAUUUGAAUGGGAGAUGCUUGGAUGUUGGAAUUUAAACCCCCAUUUGCAUGAACGCUUUCAACAAGAUGGGACCUCAAACUGAAGGGUGGCAAAUAUGAGUUUAGUUUGUGGAAAGUUUUGUACGGCUUGAUCUUGUACUUGCAUAGACAUAGCUCUGAAGAAGAAUCAGCACAUCAUGUUCUUUUACUAGUACUUACUAACUCUAGCUUUUCCUCAUAAACUAUUUCUAAUUUAAGGUUCAAAUUCAAAGUUAAA